AAAGCUCAACAAAAAUUAGAAGCAGCUGAUGCCAAUUGGAAAAAAUUUCAAACACGAUCUGAUCGUUUAACAUUACCAAAUUUUGAUGAACGUUUACGUAAAUUAGAAGAUAUUCGUUGUGAAUGUGAACAAGCUCAAACAUUAUCAGGUGAUAUAUAUGCAGCUGAAACAUAUAAAGUUGCUAGUGAAGAACAUUCAAUAACAAUUAAACUUUUUUAUCAAUAUUUAUAUGAAGAAAAUACAUUUUAUAAUCAUGUAUCGAAAUAUUUAUCAUCACGAAUGCCUGAAAUUGAACAAAAAUUAGAAAAUGAUGAAUUAAUUCCAUCAUUUGGUUAUGAUCUUGCUAAACAUUGUUUAAAACGAAAUGAUACACUUAUUGCUUAUCCUAUUGAAAUAUGUAUUAGACUUUUAGAAAAUAGUUUAAAUGAACAAGGUCUUUUUCGUAUUGCACCAUCACAAGGAAAACAAAAAAAAUUAGUUGCUGAACUUAAUUUACAUGCUAUUGAUAGAGGAAGAACACUUUAUGAUCUUAAUUAUGAUCCACAUGUUCCAGCAAGUACACUUAAACAAUAUUUAAGAGAACUUCCUGAUUGUUUACUUACAAAUGCACUUUUAUCACAAUGGAAUGAUGUUAUUUCAAUCAGGUUUUUAUCUUUUUUCUUUUAAGAGAAAAAUGACAAGAGACAUUUUAAUUUAUAUUGAGAAAAAUAAAAGAUAUAUUGAUUUAGUUUUUUUUUUGAAUAUAAUUGAUAUUAAUCAAUCUAUCUCAACAAAAAUUUCAUUUAAUUCAUAUAUUAUAUUUAAAAAUAAAUAAAGAAACAUUUGAAAAUUGAAAUAGUUAAGAUUAUAUUGAAAUCAAUUUAAAUCAGAGAUGGGCAAGCUCCGAUCGCUCCACCCGCUCCAGAGCACUUUUCGGUCGGAGCGCUAAUGUAUGUAACUGAAGCGGUGACGAACACAGGUUGGAAUUCGACUUUGCUCCGAGGGUUCUGGUCGGAGCG